GCGGGGAGAGGCCGGUGAGGCUGCACUCGCGGGACCGUGGCGGUUCCGGCGUCAGAGUCCGCCGGCGAGCGUUGGCCGCCAAGAUGACGCCUGAGGACCGGGAGACCCAGCCGCUCCUGGGGCCGCCGGGCAGCAGCGCUCCCCGCAGCCGCCGCGUCUUCCUCGCCGCCUUCGCCGCCGCCCUGGGCCCGCUCAGCUUCGGCUUCGCCCUCGGCUACAGCUCCCCGGCCAUCCCGAGCCUGCGGCGCGCCGCGCCCCCCGCCCCGCGCCUGGACGACAGCGAGGCCUCCUGGUUCGGGGCCAUGGUGACCCUGGGCGCCGCGGCCGGGGGCGUGCUCGGCGGGGGCCUGGUGGACCGCGCGGGGCGCAAGCCGAGCCUGAUGCUCUGCGCGGCGCCCUUCGUGGUGGGCUUCGCCGUCAUCACCGCGGCCCGGGACGUGUGGGUGCUGCUCGGCGGCCGCCUGCUCACCGGCCUGGCUUGCGGAGUGGCCUCGCUCGUGGCCCCGGUCUACAUCUCCGAGGUUGCCUACCCGGCCGUCCGCGGGCUGCUCGGCUCCUGUGUGCAGCUGAUGGUCGUCACGGGCAUCCUCCUGGCCUACCUGGCAGGCUGGGUGCUGGAGUGGCGCUGGCUGGCUGUGCUGGGCUGUGUGCCGCCCACCCUCAUGCUGCUGCUCAUGAGCUGUGUGCCUGAGACCCCGCGCUUCCUGCUAACUCAGCACAGGCGCCAGGAGGCCAUGGCCGCCCUGCGGUUCCUGUGGGGCUCCGAGCAGGGCUGGGAAGAGCCCCCCAUCGAGGCUGAGCACCAGGGCUUCCAGCUGGCCCUGCUGAGGCGCCCCGGCAUCUACAAGCCCUUUGUCAUCGGCGUCUCGCUGAUGGCCUUCCAGCAGCUGUCCGGCGUCAACGCCGUCAUGUUCUACGCAGAGACCAUUUUCGAGGAGGCCAAGUUCAAGAACAGCAGCCUGGCCUCGGUCGUCGUGGGUGUCAUCCAGGUGCUGUUCACAGCUUUGGCGGCCCUCAUCAUGGACAGAGCUGGGCGGAGGCUGCUCCUGACCUUGUCAGGCGUGAUCAUGGUGUUCAGCACCAGUGCCUUUGGUGCCUACUUCAAGCUGGCCCAGGGGGGCCCCGGCAACUCCUCCCACGUGGACCUCCUGGCGCCCGUCUCCACAGAGCCCAUCGACCCCAACGUGGGGCUGGCCUGGUUGGCCGUGGGCAGCAUGUGCCUCUUCAUCGCCGGCUUUGCGGUGGGCUGGGGGCCCAUCCCCUGGCUCCUCAUGUCUGAGAUCUUCCCCCUGCACGUCAAGGGUGUGGCUACAGGCGUCUGCGUCCUCACCAACUGGCUCAUGGCCUUCCUGGUGACCAAGGAGUUCAGCAGCCUCAUGGAGGCCCUCCGGCCCUACGGCGCGUUCUGGCUCGCCUCUGCCUUCUGCAUCUUCGGCGUCCUUUUCACUUUGUUCUGCGUCCCUGAAACCAAGGGGAAGACUCUGGAACAGAUCACAGCCCACUUUGAAGGGCGGUGACAGCCCCUCUCCGUGAGCGGCUGCCCCUUCGAGAGGAGGAUGGCGCCCGUCUGGGGCUGGGCUGGGCCUGGGCCAGGAUCCAGGACCACAGCCCCUGGGAGCCUUGGCCUCUGGGACCCCUGCUUCCUGUCCCACCGCUGGCGCCUCCAGGUACAGUCCCUGCCGCCCUGCAGACUUGGGAACAGCUGGGAGGAGCCUCCCGGGCGUGUGGUCAGCCCCUGCCCGCUGUCUCCUAUGGCAUACAGCGGGGGGGGGCGGGGGGGCCUGGCGGGGGAUGCUGCCGGAGGCUGGCUGCGCCUGGGUGUGUCCAGUCGCCCCCCGUGGCUGCACUAUCAGAAAGGAACUUUGUUUGCCAAAUAAAGAUUU